UAUGUCCCUUUCACUUUGUUUUCUCUCGCAGAAUUAACAGAAUUUCUUUUCUAAUGUGUUUGUUUGUUUAAUGUUUCGACCGUGGUUUUGGAAGAGAGGACGUUGUUAAUUUUCACUGCGGCCGUCGAACAAAAUUGUUUCCCUCGGCUGUAUUUCAUUUUCUCUCGUUUUCCAUUUUUCGGACACAGUUUCGCGGAAUUUAAUCUCUCGCUAGUUAUAGCCCGCCAUUAUAAUACGUUCCGACACACGUCUCGUUAGAAUAUCGCUAUUAAAUUUCGCCCUCUUGUUUUUUCCCCUCUUUUCCAGUAUUCUUUUCGAAUAAGCAGACACGGAAUGGCAAAAGUGAAGGUUCAGAACUUCUUAGACUGAUUCAUACUAUACGUGCGUACUUACGAGUUAAUUGGACUGUGUAAACAAUGGCUCUUCAGAUGAAAAAUAAGCUGUGAUGAAGAACAUAGGAGAACAGCUGACAAGAUUUUUUGACAAGUUAUUUUUAUUGUUUUGAAAAAAGUUGUAAUACAAAAUAAUUUUCGUUUGCGGGGACGCAUCACUUGACAAUGGGGAUGCCUAAUGAAAUAAAAGACAUAAAGGAGCCAGUGGAGUCUCCCUCCCCCACAGUAAACUGUAACAACAAUGCACCAAAGUACGGUACAGUAAUACCAAAUAGAAUAUUCGUAGGCGGGAUAUCCUCUUCUACCACCGAACAAGAUUUAAUGCAGCUAUUUUCAAGUUAUGGAACAGUACAAAAUGCAAAAAUAAUUGUUGAUCGUGCAGGUGUAUCUAAGGGUUAUGGCUUUGUUACUUUUGAAACUGAUGACGAGGCAAAACGCUUACAGAAAGAUGCUGAAAAUAUAGUACUGAAAGAAAGGCGACUAAAUAUUGCCCCUGCCAUUAGAAAACAAGUUCAGACGGGAUAUGGAAGGCCGUCAUAUGAAGGGGUCCAGGCUGGUCCAGGAAGUCCUGUUCCACUUCCAAAUCAAGUAUGUAGACAGAAUGGAGUUACAUAUACUUUCCUAAAUGGUGUUGCAUAUUUCCCUCACCAAGCAGUUCCACCUCAAACUGCUCAACCAAUGACACCAUUGCCAGCAAAUCACGUAGAACACUCCCCUGUGUACACAGCUGCUGGAACUUAUUCUGGAUUGCCUCAGUCAAAUUCUGGCCAAAGUUACCCUUUUUCUUAUGCACCUCAAGGCCAUAUUUACUACCAAACCCAUUAUCCUUAUCCAAUGCCUCAGUUCGAAGGGUGUUACCAGGUUGGGGAAUCACAUAGCGGUGUUGUUACUGUUCAGUCUGGAAGUGAUUCUGCUGGUGUGAUAUCAUACCCUCAGUACUAUUUAACUCAUCAACCAUCUCAACCGGAUGUGGCUUACUUCCAGCCUCAAAACUCUGUGCAGCCUCUUUCUAUCUCUCAAGAGCCUGUUAUGUAUACACCUCCAAGAGGUUAUGAUUCAACGACUGUAUUUUAUUCGGAGCAAAAGAUGGCCGAGCCUUCCACGCCACCGCCACAACAGCCACCACAACAACCACCCCAUCCCCACAUUCUUCCACAACAUCCACUACCUCACCAAAUUUCACAGAUAGUUCAUCCCAAUAUGGAAGAUUGUCAAAAGAAAGACAAACAAAGCAAAUUAGAGACACCGGUUGUGUCCUUGUCGAAAGUUUACCAUGAACGAAAUGAAGAUCAUUUGCAUCAUGCUAGAAUAAAAUGUCAAAGUCCGGGUAGGAAAGUAGUUCAGAGGCACCUCAAUAACAACAAUCCUGAUGUAACAAACCGAAACGUUGGUAAAAAACCCCAUAGGUCCUCUCCUGUAGUUUUAAAUUCCGGCCCAAGCCCUAGACCUUUCCUUGUUCCUAGUCAUAACCAAUCCUCAUCUCUACAGGUACCACAGUUUCCAUUUUACUCAGCGAGACAGUAUCUCAACCCAGUGCCGCCGGCCCCGUCCUACUAUCCAGCUCCACCUAGAAGAACAUACUAUCAUAGGAAUAAAUACAGUACAAGAUCAAAAAAUAGUAACACUAAGUGGUUCAACAAAGACAAUGCAGAAAGUGGAACCGAAGAAGGUAGCUGUGUAAUGCCAAAUCCACUGACACCGCCUAUAACACCUAGGUCACCUCAGGAUGUGGACAUCACUGUACCUCAAGCAGAUGACAUUGUCCAGUCAAUGCAAGCUUUAGCGAUUUAGAGAAAACAAUUUUGAAUAGUCAGUGAUGACGUUAAUAAUUUUUUUGCUACCAUUACCUAAAACAACUUUAAUAUGUUUCAUAGAUCAAAAUAGAAAAAAAAAUAUUAGAUUAGAAAUAAUGUCGUCCUGAAAAGGACCCCUUGAUUAUAUUAAAAGAUAAUAAAGAUAUUUCGGGAAAACCUCUGUAAUUUUUCUUGUUUUUUUUUUUUUUCUCUUUUUCAGUUAUUACUUUUCUUAUAUAAAAAAACUUAUUUUCUAAAAUAGUUAAAUGAAACUUGUAAGAUAACUUGUUUUUGUGCCAAAAUUUAAUAUGGACUUGUGAUAAAUUUAUCUUGUGUAACUUAUGAGGCCUCGAUGUAUAUGUAACAGAAUACCUCAUAUUUUUGCUCAAAAUGUUUACAAGAGAAUACUUAUUUAGGACUAUGGAUUUGUUAUUUCUCUCUACUAAGUGGAAAGAAAAUUCACUAUUGUGAUUUUGUUUACAAAUUGGUGUUAAAUAAUAAUUACUUAUGUAAUAUUUGUUGGUUAAUCAAUCAAGUGACAACCCAAGCUUGGAUACUUGAUUGUAUAUUUUAAAAGUUUAGUAGAUAAUAAAUUUUGUACCUGUGACUUAUUGUUGAAGUAAAAAGUAUAUUUUGUAUAUAUAUAUAUAAAAGACAAUGUUUAACACGUACUACGAUUAAGUGAGCUUUGCCAGACAGAUGUGUUCAUAGCACAAUUUAACGGAUAAGGUGUCUGGCACGAUUUUGUACAAAAUUUGAUGCAAUAAUGUGGCCUUAAGAAUUAUAUUUAAAAAAAUUGGUCAUUUAUCUUUUUGAUGUAAAAUGCUAGCACAAAUAAUAAGUGUUAAAUUGAUAUUUUUAGCAUUAAAAAGACAAAGAUCUCAUCUCAUUUACCACAAGUGCUUAUAAGAAAAUUAUAUUUGUACAAUAUAUAAUUUUCAGAAGGAAACUUUGCUUAAACCUUUAAAGUUCCUAAUCGGAUAACUUAAGAUUUAUUUAGUGUGUGGUAGACCAAAAAUGACUGAGCUAAUUGUGUAAAUGUGUUGCUCCACCUGAGCUCAGAUACUAGUCAAACAUUUACACAAACUUCAAAACGUUUAAAUUAUAUUCUGUAACGUCUAUUCUAAUGGUUUUGUACUCAAUGCAAAACCAAAAAAACAUUUACUCUGAUAAGACUAUUUAUUUGUUGAAUUAGCUGCUAAUUUUUACAAAGAUAUAAUUUAUUGUAGACUUAAGGUAGUUUUUGUUAAUUAAGAAAAUAUGGAGAACCAAUUGAUGUUUCAGAUUUUUUCUUUUUUUUUGGAAUUAUACGUUUUUCUAUAAAACUGUUAUCCUGGGCCGUCAUGUAAUAGAACUUUGUUAUUUCCAUAUCAUUAAAGUGUUUUUUUGUAAUUCUUUUACUUGGAACUUUGUAAUGAGAUUAUUUUAUACAAGAAAAAUUAAAACAAAUUAUAUUCAAGGAAAUCGCAAUUAUUCCAUUGAUUGAAACAUUGUUUCAUGUAAUAAAUGGAAGCUUGCUGAAAAUAAAAGGUGUGGAAUAUCAUUA